AAGUGUUUCAGAAUCUGACCUGGUCCUCACCUGUCCUUUGUCUCUCUCUCUCUCUCUCUCCGCCUUCAGAAUGACGUUCUGUGGUAUCGGCUGCAACAAGUACGUGGAGGCCAACAUAUCCCAGAAAUCUCGUACCACGGUGAAGUACACGAUGAAAACUUGGGCCAGCAUCGCCGAAACCAUCAUCUUCAUUUUCCUGGGCAUCUCAGCCGUGGACAAGUCUAAGUGGGCCUGGGACACAGGACUCAUCUCCUGUACGCUCAUCUUCAUCUUCGUCUUCAGGGCCCUGUGGGUGUGCCGCCUACUAAACAUUGGUGUGGUCAUGCAGACCUGGGUGUUGAACUGGUUCCGCCUCGUCCCAUUGGACAAGAUCGACCAGGUGGUGAUGUCGUACGGUGGCCUGCGAGGGGCGGUGGCGUUUGCCUUGGUGGUGCUGCUGGAUGCAGAACGGGUCCCGGCUAAAGACUACUUCGUGGCCACAACCAUCAUAGUGGUUUUCUUCACUGUGAUGUUCCAGGGCCUGACCAUCAAGCCUCUAGUGAACUGGCUCAAAGUACCUCGUGCGACCAACCGCAAGCCCACCAUCAACGAGGAGAUACACGAACGUGCCUUUGACCAUUGUCUGACAGCAGUGGAGGACAUCGCUGGACUCAACGGUUACCACCACUGGAGAGACAAGUGGGAGCAGUUUGACAAGAACUACCUGAGCAAGCUGCUGCUGCGGAAAUCUGUGUACCGGAAGAGCGAGCUGUGGGAGGUCUAUCAGAAAAUCAAUAUUAGAGACGCCAUCAGUGUUAUAGACCAG